AUGCCUAUUAUUUAAUAUGAUAAUGAUGAUGUUUAUCAAGGUGAAUAUGAUAAAAUAACUAAAUAAAGGGAUGGAAGAGGAAGAAUUAUUUACAGUGAUGGAGGAGUUUAUGAUGGAUUAUGGAAGAAUAAUUCAUCAAAUGGAUAUGGAAGAUUAAUAAAUGGAAAUAGUGAUUGCUACAUCGGUGAGUUUAAAGAUGGUAAAAGAAAUGGAUAUGGUAAAUUUUAUAGUAAAAAUGGAAAAAUCCAUGAGGGUUAAUGGACUAAUGAUAAGAGAGAAGGGAUAGGAUUGGAAAAAUAGAUUGAUGGAAGUGUAUACUAUGGAUAAUGGGGGAAUGACAUGUUCUAAGGAGUUGGAGUAUUCAAAUACAAGGAUAGAGAUAUUUAUCUUGGAUAAAGGAAGCAAGGCCUUCCACACGGAAUUUUAAUGUUUAUUCCAAAGAAUAAUGCAAAAUAAAUCGAAAUUAGGAAAUAUGAAUAUGACAAGUUGAUAGAAACAUUACUAAUGAUUGAUCAAGCUUAAAAUUGA